AGCCUUUUUGCUUUAGUUGUUUUUCAGAUAGGGUCUCCAGUUUAUAUCCAGGUAGCUUGGACAGUAAUUCUCAAUGAUUUGAGGGCGAAUACACCAAGCAAUGGUAACGUCUUUAAAUGAAGAUAAUGAAAGUGUAACUGUUGAAUGGAUAGAAAAUGGAGAUACAAAAGGCAAAGAGAUUGACCUGGAAAGCAUCUUUUCACUUAACCCUGACCUGGUACCUGAUGAAGAAAUUGAACCCAGUCCAGAAAUACCUCCACCUCCAACAUCCUCAGCCAAAGUAAACAAAAUUGUAAAGAAUCGACGGACUGUGGCUUCAGUUAAGAAUGACCCUCCUCCAAGAGAUAAUAGAGUGGUUGGUUCUGCACGUGCACGUCCUAGUCAGCUUCCUGAACAGUCAUCUUCUGCACAACAGAAUGGUAGUGUUUCAGAUAUAUCUCCAGUUCAAGCUGCAAAAAAGGAAUUUGGACCCCCUUCCCGUAGAAAAUCUAACUGUGUGAAAGAAGUAGAAAAAUUACAAGAAAAACGUGAAAAACGGAGACUGCAGCAGCAAGAACUUAGAGAAAAAAGAGCACAGGAUGUUGAUGCUACAAACCCGAAUUAUGAAAUUAUGUGUAUGAUCAGAGACUUUAGAGGAAGUUUGGAUUAUAGACCGUUAACGACAGCAGAUCCUAUUGAUGAACAUAGAAUAUGUGUUUGUGUAAGAAAACGACCACUCAAUAAAAAAGAAACUCAAAUGAAAGAUCUUGAUGUGAUCACAAUCCCUAGUAAAGAUGUUGUGAUGGUACAUGAACCUAAACAAAAAGUAGAUUUAACAAGGUACUUAGAAAACCAAACAUUUCGUUUUGAUUAUGCCUUCGAUGACUCAGCUCCUAAUGAAAUGGUUUACAGGUUUACCGCUAGGCCAUUAGUAGAAACUAUAUUUGAAAGAGGAAUGGCUACAUGCUUUGCCUAUGGACAAACUGGAAGUGGAAAAACCCAUACUAUGGGUGGUGACUUUUCAGGAAAGAACCAGGAUUGUUCUAAAGGAAUUUAUGCAUUAGCAGCUCGAGAUGUCUUUUUAAUGAUAAAGAAGCCAAAUUAUAAGAAACUAGAACUUCAAGUAUAUGCAACCUUCUUUGAAAUCUAUAGUGGAAAGGUAUUUGACUUGCUAAAUAGGAAAACAAAAUUAAGAGUACUAGAAGAUGGAAAACAGCAGGUUCAAGUGGUGGGAUUACAGGAACGGGAGGUCAAAUGUGUGGAAGAUGUCCUGAAACUUAUUGACAUCGGCAACAGCUGCAGAACAUCUGGUCAAACAUCUGCAAAUGCACAUUCAUCUCGGAGCCAUGCAGUGUUUCAGAUUAUUCUCAGAAGGAAAGGAAAACUACAUGGCAAGUUCUCUCUCAUUGAUUUGGCUGGAAAUGAAAGAGGAGCCGAUACUUCCAGUGCAGAUAGGCAAACUAGGCUUGAAGGUGCUGAAAUUAAUAAAAGCCUUUUAGCACUCAAGGAGUGCAUCAGAGCCUUAGGUAGAAAUAAACCUCAUACUCCUUUCCGAGCAAGUAAACUCACUCAGGUGUUAAGGGAUUCAUUCAUAGGUGAAAACUCGCGUACCUGCAUGAUUGCUACAAUUUCUCCAGGAAUGGCAUCCUGUGAAAAUACACUUAAUACAUUAAGAUAUGCAAAUAGAGUAAAGGAGUUUGGAAUUAGUCCAUCAGACAUUCCCUUCUCACAGGGUAGUGGCAAUCGCCCUGAUCUCUCUCCUUCUUAUGAAUAUGACGACUUUUCUCCUUCGAUUACCAGGGUGAAAGAACUGACGGUAGAUCCUUCUGCUGCUGGUGAUGUCCGUCCCAUAAUGCACCAUCCACCAAACCAGAUUGAUGAUUUAGAGACACAGUGGGGUGUGGGAAGCUCCCCUCAGAGGGAUGAUCUAAAACUUCUUUGUGAACAAAAUGAAGAAGAAGUUUCUCCACAAUUGUUUACUUUCCAUGAAGCUGUCUCCCAAAUGGUAGAAAUGGAAGAACAGGUUGUAGAAGAUCACAGGGCAGUGUUCCAGGAAUCAAUUCGCUGGUUAGAGGAUGAAAAGGCCCUUCUAGAGAUGACUGAAGAAGUAGACUAUGAUGUGGAUUCAUAUGCUACGCAACUUGAAGCUAUUCUUGAGCAAAAAAUUGAUAUUUUGACUGAACUGCGGGAUAAAGUGAAAUCUUUUCGUGCAGCUCUACAAGAAGAAGAACAAGCUAGCAAGCAGAUAAAUCCGAAAAGACCCCGUGCCCUUUAAAUUGGAAUUUGCUGCUAAAGGACCCCCAGAACCCUUGCAGCUGUAACAUACAGUGGUUCAGCUGUAAGGGCCAUUUGAGUGUUUGAAAUUUCCAGUGUCUGUGGAAAAUGUCUUGUCUUUUACCUGAAUGACAUUUCAAUUUUGUGAAACAUUUUUUGUCUACAAAAUGCUUCUAGUCCAGGAGAUACAUCCAAGAAUUGGGAUUAGUGAAGUAUUUUGUUUCAUUUACCCAUAUAGUGAUUUACUUUUGGAGAUCUUUGCCAACGUUAUUUUCUAUUUGAUGAAGUAAGUUUGUGGACGAUCCAGAGGUGGAGAGUAGAGGGAAGCCACAGCAUUUCCUAUUAACUCAGUUCAAUUUCGUACCGAGACUGAACAGUUUUAAGUACUUUGCGUGCAUGCAUACCUCAUCUGUGAUUGUACAUACCUUGCCUAAUUCCUAGAGACAGCUGUGCUCACUUCUUGCUCUGUGCCUUGACCAAGGCUAUUGACCCUAAGUUUCUUAAACACAGCCAAGAUAAAUUACAUUCCUUAUUUGUCAUUGUAAAUUACCUUUAUUGUGUGUACAUUUUUACUGUAUUUGAGACUUUUUUUGUGUGUGACUAGUUAAUUUUGCAGGAUGUGCCAUAUCAUUGAACGGAACUAAAGUCUGUGACAGUGGACAUAGCUGCUGAACCAUUCCAUCUUAUAUGUAAAGAAAUCUGGAAUUAUGAUUUUUAAAACCAUAUAACAUGUGAUCAUAAUUUUCUUAGCAUUUUCUUUGUAAAGAACUAAAAUAUAUACUAGUUGGUGUAUAAUAAAAAGUAACGAAAUUCUGAGAAGAGUUUUAUCUUAGGAUAAUACAUAUAUAUGCAGUGUGUGUGCCAGUGUGAUAUUAAAAUGGCUAAUAGUGCAAUUUGAUCUUUACCAAUACCAUUAUUUAAGUUCAAGUGUUCACUAGAACCCCCAAAUUUACCUAUUUAAUGUGCUGUUAAAAGGAAAUUGGCUUCUGAUGCAUGAACAUUUAAAUGUACAUUGAAAGUAGUCCGUAAUAGAAGUUAGUUUAAACCAAGUAUAGGCAGUAUAUAACUCCCUUGGAAAAGAAUAGAAAGAAUUGGUGUUGCCUUGAAAGGCAGGUCUCAUCCAAACUCCAUCUGGUACCUAAUGUGUGAUGUUUCACCAUUAUUUGUGAGAAUAACUGCAUUCUUACCAGUAUACUGGUAGGCUACUCUUUAAAUGGUAGCACUUAUUUUUACAAAUUGCUGAGGAAGAAAACUGGCCAUUCUUCAUGUAAAUAUUUGUGUUUCAAAAUUUAAUAUAUCUCUAGGAGUUUUCCUUGGUUCCCAUGAUACAGUCCAGGAGUAGAUUAUUGACAAAGUCUCCCAAGGAUAUCUUGUUUUGAUUUACUCUAAGGAACUAUUAGCUCAUUUGUAAACCAAAGGGAAACUAUGAAUAGAGUCACAUGAGCCAGAUUCUCUACUUCACUGGUCAAGAACUCAGAAGUAGCUGUGAGAAUUCUUAAUACCAUGGUGAAAAGCUCUGUAAACAUGAAAUCUAAAACAAAUGUAGAUUUUUCAUAAUGACUAUUAAUAAAAUCUAUGGACUGAGUUUA